CACCGGUAAAUCAAGCUCCGUCGAAUCGUUUGUCGUGGUGGUACCACUCGCUAAAUCCCAGUAACUCGUCGCUGGAACUCUGCUCGUCCAUUUCUCCAUCCCACCCAGUUUCUUCUCUCCGCAUCGUCAAAAUUGGCCAAACAUGUUCGAUCAAUAUGUCUUCUCCGAGAAGGCGGACUCGGGAAAUAUAUCGUCGGAUGACGAUGAGCCAGCACAAUCUCCCGAAAGCAAAUCCUCGUCACAGAAUUCGUCUCCUACGAUGGCCACAAGGUCGUUACGACCAUCAGACCGUCGUGUAGACAGUCUCAUUCAAAGGAUGAACAAUCAAGCACUUAUGCGAAACUGGCAUGCUGCGUUUGCUUCAGAGUCUCUAAACCGAGAGUCAGACUUCAACCUAUUAGUUGACGAAAUGUCAAUGCCAAUGGAAGCAUCGUCAAAUGCUGCCGAUCAGUCUGCAGAAUUCGAUCCAACUGCUAAUGAAAUAAUUCCACCGACACUUAACAAUGCCCCUACACAAAUUCAACCGCAACGAAAAGAUAGGACAAUAGAACACCAACCUGAGCAUUCUAUUGUCAUGGAGAGUCUUAGUGCGAAAGCCAUUGAUGAUAAUAAACCUUCGCGACAAUCCGAGACGCGUAGUCACGACCGUACACAAAAUUUGAUAAGCAUGAUUGAAAAGGGAGAACAAUGCAAUGUACAAGUCGCAGCACCUUCUGAUUCAACUACCGCAUCCGAACCAACAUCCUCUGCUCCUACUAGACCGCCGAUACAACACACCAAUAACAUUAACCCACAACUGCUAUAUGAGGGCAACACGAUGCUGGAAGUAGAUAUGGACUACUGCAAUAGAGGUGACGAUGAUCCCCUUCUAAGCGAGAUGCACGCUUUGAGGGAGGCUGGCGUUCCAACUGGUAUUCGGAAAUAUGGGUUUCUCAAAUACAGAUCGUCUCUUGAGGCGGCUGCACGGUGUAAGAAUAUGAGGAAAUGUAUACCGAGAGUGCGCAAGAGGCCAAAACCAACUACAUCACGGCCGAACCCGACGACAUUUUCGACUUCAACGAAUCCGACGACUUCGACGAAUUGAGUGGCAGUUUGAUUUCGACAAAAUUUUCUUUUCGUAUAGGGCUUGCUUAGACUUGUUGCAUAUACCCCAAGGCAGGCGUUACACGGCGGACAUCGCGCCCAUUCGUGCUUGGAUGGGUCAACGUGGGCAU